UGUUGGCAAUGGGUCGUUUACAAUUAAAAGAGUUACAGAAAGCUAACAACUCUUUUUAAACAUGAUUUCAAUUCAUCCAAUCUGUGGAUUGACCCUUACAUUAAGUAAAUUGGCAACACUCCAGUUUAUCUACGCCAAGAGGUGUGACCAGCGCAUCACUUCGCUCCUGGAAACUUCCCCACCCCCCCCCCUCAGAGAGCCGGAGGGAGGAGGGCGACGUCCACCCUUCGUGUAACUCGGAACUAAUCAAGGGUCAGUAUUAUUGCGUUGCUUAUUCUUAUACAUAACUAGUUUUAGUUUAGUUUUUUUCCCGUUCCCUGCAAACUUGCGAAACGUUUCCCUAGACUUUCGGCUGGACUUCACCUGAGCCCCAAGACUUCCGGGUUUAGAAAACCUAAAUGCGCUGGGAAACUUAAUACUUGAAAAGUGAAACCAAGUCGUGGCUUCGUUUUCCCUUCGAAGGAAUUGUGUUACAACAUGGCAGAAGAAAUAUCGAUACCAAUGACCGAGCUUUCACCCAGCUCAAACAGCACACAGGAGCAGAACCUUCUUCCGGACUCGAACCGGACCGACCAGAAUGAAAGGAACAGUCAUUGGGGAAAUCUGCGUUGCAGAGAGACAAGUACUUGGAAUGCCUGCAAUAAAAUAAUCUGCUGGAAGUGUAAAAUGUGGAUGCCUAUUCUAUUUACUGUAAUAUUAAUAACUAUAAUCAUUGUAAUUACUGGCAUAAAAGCCACUUCAAUUGAUGAUGACUUUAUUGAUCCAAGUCUCAAAAUUUAUGGAAUUUCUCGAUAUUAUAUUGGAAGUAUGAAAAUAUCCAAAUAUUCAUUUACACCUGAACUAAUACCUCAAUCUAAAACUUACUUAUCCUUGUCAAAGGGGUUGAAGUUUAUGCUGUGUCAGCUAUAUAACAAAUCUCCAGCUCUUGGAUAUUAUUUUGUGGACAGUGGUGUUUUCUCAUUUAGCAAUGGUACUGCCUAUUUCUGGCUGCAAUUUGCAAUGCCAGAAGAACAUGACCUUUUGAUUAAAUAUACACUAAGUGCAGAAGUGUUGUUAAAUGUAUUACGACAGCAUCUCUAUACUGACAGAACGGGAGAGAAUAUCGAAGUUGAACCAUCUUCAAUCGCACUAAAAUUUGCUAAAGCAGGAUAUGUUCAAAGCUUGAAAACUGGUCAGUGUGUAUUUCGUGUUCUGUUAUUGAGCAAUGAACAGACAUUUAAUUCACUGAGAUUAGUGAACUGCAGCAAAAACAGCAGUAACUAUUGGCUGGUGCAGAGUGAGAGUGAUCACUCCAUCAAAACUAUAAUUUCAACUGAAGAUGAAGGAUCUGGCUGCACUGGCAUGAAUGUGGCAAUGUACAAUACUUGGGUCCCAGGCUCCAAGCAAAUUGUUAGUAAGUUUAGCCAAACUGGCCUACCCAUUACGAGUGAGGUAAUUGUUUCUGGGAAUGUACUAUUAGUGACCUUUAGCCCAAGAGGAGAAUGUGACCUUCCAAAAUAUUCAAUUACAUUUCUUCAGGCACCAAUGACAGAAUGUGGUGGUGUCCUUAGCGGAACAAAUGGAAGCUUCACAUCACCUAGUUAUUCUAACAACUAUCAAGGAGAAAUCAAUUGUACAUGGAAUUUGAAGGUUCAAGAACAUUUUAGAGCCAUCAUUUUUUUCAGAGAAUUCAAGCUAGGUGGUCCCUCAAAAUCAGGAGAAUCAUGCGUGACAGAUUAUCUGGAGGUUGCUGGUCAAAGAUUCUGUGGAGACCAGAAGCCAUUUCCUUUUUACAGUAAUAGUUCCAGUUUACAAAUAAACUUUCAUUUCAGUAAAAUAUACACACAAAGUUUUGCUGCUGACUACAUAGCCACUGAUGGCAGGUAACCGUACACGCACCAAGUUCCACUCAUGAAACAAAUGGAUUAGGACAUUUCUACCCAUAUAUCCAGCCUUUACCAUACGAAAAUGUUGUCGUAGAUCUACAUGCAAGCUUCAAAGCAUCUCUGCUUGCAAGACCAAUGUUGAGUGUGUAUACUGUGCAGAGGGAAAUGUUUCCAUCUCAGUUGACACCCCAGCACUAUUUUCUUCAAACCUUGCUCCUAACAUCCACUAAGGCAGCUGUCGGGACACAUGUGAUCUUUACAGUUGUUCUCUUGUUAAACUGCCAAGUAUAUCAAUGAAAAAAAUAUUUUUAAGACUAAUGCGGGUCACUGAUUAUUACCAUGGUUUUUAGGUUUCCUAUUUUUUUGGAUAUUCAGUAAGGAAUGUCAUUCCUGAUCCAAUAUGUGCUUUUAAACCCAACUCAUUUAAUGCUAACAAAUGCUUAAGUUUCAACUCCUGUAUUCCUCAUAAGACAUAGGAGCAGAAGUUGGCCAUUUGACCCAUGGAGUCUGCUCUGCCAUUCAAUGAGAUCAUGGCUGAUCUGAUAAUACUCAACUCCACUUUCUUGCCUUUUCCCCAUAUUCCUUGAUUCCCUUACUAAUUAAAAAUCUGUUUGUCUCCACCUUGAAUAUACUUAACGACCCAGCUUCUACAGCCCUCCUUGGUAAAGGAUUCCACAGGUUCACUACCCUCUGAGAGAAGAAAUUCCUCCUCAUCUCUGUCUUAAAUGGGUGACCCCAUGCCCUGAGAUUAUGCCCUCUGGUCCUAGACUCUUCCACAAGGGGAAACAACCUCUCAGCAUCUACCCUGUCAAGCCCCCUAAGAAUCUUAUAUGUUUCAAUAGGUCGUCUCUCAUUCUUCUAAACUCCAAAGAGUACAGGCCCAACCUACUCAAUCUCUCCUCCAUAAGAAAAUCUCUCCAUACCCAGAAUCAACCUAGUAAACCUUCCUUGGACUGCCUCCAAUGCCAGUAUAUCUUUAGAUAAGGGGAACAAAACUGUUCACGGUAUUCUAGGUGUGCUCUAACUAGCGCCUUGUAUAGUUUUAGCAAGACUUCCCUAUUUUUAUACUCCAUUCCCUUUGAAAUAAAGGCCAACAUACCAUUUGCCUUCUCUAUUACCUGUUGAACUUGUUUGUUAGGUUCUCUCUAGGCUCUGACUCCACAGGAUCUCAAACCACCCACCCAAUACAAAAAAGAGUGACCAUAGCAGCUACUUUCUGAUUACAUAUAAGCAGCAAAAAAGUGCAAUUUAACAGGAGCUUUCAUAACCUUGUGUCACCCCAGAGUGUUUUCGAAGUGCAGUCACUGUCGUAGUUUAGGAAAUAUAGCAUAGUCCCUCUUCCACCACUCCUUGCCCUAGAAACAUUCCAUAGGAUCAUCAGUCAUAAAAAUGAAGGCCUUGAAAUUCCUGGGCCAAUGAGCAUGGAUUUUGGAUGCACUGCUGUGGGAAGAGUGGAAUUUUGGAACUGCGUGAUCCUUCCCCUUCCCAGCAAUUCAGAAUUCCUGCCAAUUUGGGCAAGCGCAUACUGUAGACAGAAAUUAGUGAGUAUAACAUGAUACCUCAAGUGAAGAAGAUAAAUCAAAUAACAUAUUUUCCUCAUUUAUGCCCUCAGUGAGACUGGACACAAGGGAUACCUCUGUAUAUCCCUGGCACCCAGUAUUGCUAGGGCUGUGGGUGUGGGAUUCAAAGGUUGAUGGAAAUAAUGCAGUCAGUUGUUUCCUGGAGUACUGUGGACUGGUCACCUUUAAUUGAUUCUUCUUGUCCAACAUAUUUUCUUUUGUCAUAAAAGGAGCAUACUGUUUACUUGAUUUAUGAAACGUUUAUACUAUACAAAUGAUUAAAACACUAAAUAGAUUUUUGUUUAUAAUGUAAUUGUUAUAGAUCUUAUUAUUUAUACUUUUUACUGACUUUUGAUUUUGGAGCUUGUUAAUUUUCUUUUGUGUUUUUCCCUGGUAAUCUUAUGAUAUUUUAAUCAACAAUGUAUAUUUAUAGAAUAUUCUGAAUUGAAAGAUCUAUAUUUUUUCAUUAAAUAUUGUUUUACUAGUA